UUAUUGUUACUGCCCCACAUAGCAAGACUGUGUAUGGAUGUGAACUAUCUGGAUUUUCAUGGAUCACCAAGUUUAAACAGACUCUGUAUGACCCCAUGACCUGGUUGCCGGGGAGCUAGUCGGACCAUGGCUGCCGGUGUGGCUUUGGGGGAGAGCCAGCUUCAGAGGAUUAUCAGAGAUCUGCAUGAUGCUGUUGCUGAGCUCACUAAAGAGUACAGGGAGAAUGAGGAGCCAAUCACAGAUGAUAGUCCCAAUCUGCACAAAUUAUCCUACAAACUGGAGUACCUGCUGCAGUUUGACCAGAAGGAGAAGACAACAUUUCUUGGCACAAGAAAAGACUACUGGGAUUAUUUCAGCGACUGUCUGGCCAAGAUCAAAGGAGCCAACGAUGGUAUCCGCUUUGUCAAAUCCAUCCCAGAGCUGAAGACAUCUCUGGGGAAGGGCAGGGCUUUCAUUCGCUACUCCCUGGUGCACCAGCGACUGGCUGACACGCUGCAGCAGUGUCUGAUGAACCAAAGGGUAACCAGUGACUGGUACUAUGCUCGCAGCCCCUUGCUGAAAUCCCACCUCGGUGUUGACAUCAUAAAUCACCUGUAUGAGCUCAAUGAGGUCCAGUUUGACGUGGCCUCCAGGGGUCAUGACCUUGACUCGUCCUGGCCCACCUUCGCAAGGAGGACACUGGGCAUGCCCAACUCACCUGGCCACAUGUGGAAACCACCCAGUCGCAGCUCUAGCAUCAACAGUCUGGCCAGCACCUACUCACAGCAGGCUCAUGAGUUCCCUGGCAGCCCUGACUAUGGCCCAAGCAUGCUGAGUGAGUUGAACGAGUUGUUGCCUUCUGGCGUAGAGGUGAGUAUGUUGGACAAGCUCCGCCUGGAGCUGGACCAGUCGGAGCUGAAGCAACGGGAGCUCCUGGACAGGGUAAGGCAGAUGGGGGAGGAGAGUGCUGAGCUCAGGAGUGUGGUGGUGGAGCUCCAGAGGCAGCUAGACGUGUCGCUGACCGCCCAGGAGGAACAGCAGGGUAUGCAAAGGACCCUGAAAGCCCUGGAGGCACGGGAGGAGGCCUUGUCCUGUGAGCUGGAGUCCCUGAGGGCCGGGGAGAGGGCCAGGGAGACCGAACAGCGCCACUUUCAGGAGAAGCUGGCUGCCGCAGAGGGGAAGAACGUAGAACUGAUGGCCAAACUGGAUGGGGUGUUGGAUGAGAAGGGCCAGCAGGCGACUAGCUACUUUGACUCAGCACAGAAGAUCCAUGAGCUUCUGGACAGACUGAAGGAGGCUGAGAAGGGGAAAAUAGAGGCUCUGGCAGAGGGAGAGGACAGGAGGAGGCAGGCCGACAGGCUGGCAGAUGAGCUAAGGGUCAAGGAGGUUGCAGAAAAGGAGGACGAGGCCAAGCUCGAGGCGCUGUCAAAAUCCUUUGCAGAGAGGAACGCUAAGUUUGCGGAGUGUGCAGAGGAGCAGUGUAACGCCAUUGACAAGCUGCAGGGGGCAUUGACUUUGAGCGAGAAGGAGGUCAACAACCUGCAGAGGCAGCUGCAGGGCCUCCAGAGCACUCUGGAAGAGAGGGAGAGACAAGCAGAGGAGGCCAGAAACAGGGCAGAGGAGGAGAAAGAGGAGAUCCAGGGAAGCAUAGGCAGUCUGAAAAAGGCCUUGGAGGUGGAAGUCCUCUACCUGAAGGAGCAGUUGAAGAGCAGAGAGGCGGAGCUGCUCUCCAGCAUCCAGAGGCUUCAGCACCUGGAGGUCCAGAGCCAUAGCCUGACAACGGAGAGGGACAUCCUGAGCGCCAACCUCUCCGAGCUGGAGUCCAGUGUCAUGGAGCAGGCCAAUAAAAUCGAAGAGUACAAGACUCAGUGCACCAACCUGAUGGAGCUGAAUGGGAAGUUGCUUGACACAGUGAAGAGGAAUGAGGAGCUGAAGAAGGAGCUGGCAGAGAGCCGGGCAGCCCUGGAGGGCGAGGUGGCCUCUCUGAGAGCGUCAGACAAGCAACUGAGGGGCCAGCUGGACAACGCCAAGGUAACUGUGGAUGAGAAGGACAGGAGGCUGUGUGAGGAGAACCGGGCCUUGGACGAGAGUCUGCAGAGGGCGGCCAUGGCUGCCGAGGUCUCAGACGCCGCCACCAAACGGCUGAAGCAGGAGAAUCAAGGCCUGAGGGAGGAGCAGGCUACGGUGAGGGCGGCGCUGAGCUCCCUGCAGGAGGAACUGAUGUCCAUCCACGGGCAGAUCGGAGAGCUGGAGAAGAGCUUGGGGGCAUCCCGCAGGAGCGAGGCCAGCCUGCAGGAGCAGCUCAAAGACAGGAAGGCCCAGCUAGAGAACAAGGAGAAGGGCUGUGCAGAGCUCCAGGCCAGGGUGGAGGCCCUGGAGGCCAGAGGAAGGGCACUGGAGAAGGCUAAAGCAGAUGCAGAAAAGGCCUGUGCCAAAAAGACAAAGCUGAUAGAGAGGGUCACUACUGAGAAACAGACGGUGGAAAGAACACAGCUAAAGAUGAGCUCUGUCCAGGCCAAGGAGAACCAGGAGGUAGCCGCCAAGCUGACUAUGGUGGAGGGCCAGCUGGAAGUGAACAUGAAGGAGGUGUCCAGGCUCCAGGCAGAAGUGAUGGAUUUGAGAGUGCAGCUGAAGACCUCUGGGGAGGACAGGAUGAGGAGUCAGGCCCAGCUGGAGGUGAUGGAGGCCCAGAAAGACGAAUUCAGGACCCUAACAGAGCAGCUCAAAGCCCAGACUGAGGCACUUAACCAGAGGCAUGUGGCCGAGCUCCUGCAGUGCAAAGAGAGGGAAGAGGCUCUGAGCAGGGAGCGUGACCAGGAGGCAGUCACCCGGGCCAAGUCGGCUGCUUCAGAGGCCUCCGCCAGGGGAGAGCUGGCCACGCUAAAGGCCCAAAAUGAGAGGCUGGCCAUGGAGAAUGCUGAGACACGCGAAGGCCUCCACCGGGCCAAUACAGAGAUGGCAGAGCUUGGGAUGACUAUCUGUAGACUGACGGCAGAAAGGGAGGUGGCCAAGGAAGGCUGGGCAGGGGAGGCAAGCAGGAUAGGGGAGCUGGAGGAGAGAACUUCCAGGGAGGUGGAGCGGCUGGAGACCUGCAUGGCCACCAUGCGCCAGGAGAACACCAGCCUAAGAGAGGAGCUGAGGAUGACAGAGAACCUUCCGGCAGCCAUGCUGGAGCUGCAGGACAAGCUGGAGAAGGCAGAGGGCCAGGUGAGGAGCCUCCAGGACUCCAGUCGGGAGGAGAUGGAGGCGGUCAAGUUCCAGAUGAGCUCCGAGAGCAUGAAUCAUCAGAACCAGAUCAAGAGUCUGAAAGAUGAGGUGGGGAAACUGAGGGUCCAGCUGCCUAAAGAGCAAGAGAUGGUGUCCAGUCUGGAGGCCAAAGUCUUUGAGUUAGAGGGGGUGAAUGAGGAGUACUCACGGCUGAUUGGAGAGAAGGAUGCUCACAUCACAAAGUCGGAAGCCGCUAUUCAUCAGAGUGAAGGAGAGAUUCACCGACUGAGAGACUCUGUCACCAGUGCAGAGGAGGCUCUCUUGGCAGUCCAGGCGGUGCGUGAGGAGCUGAAGAAGAAAUUGGAGCAGGCUGAGGUGGACAAGCAUAUUCAUUACCUCAGGUCGACAGCAGAGAUCGAUGACCUCUCCCGAACCAAGAGCACUCUGGAGGAGCGCCUCAUCGAACUAAUCAAGGAUAAGGACGUUCUGUGGCAGAAGUCAGAUGCUCUGGAGUUUGAGCAGAAGCUGCGAGCAGAGGAGCGCUGGUUGCAGGACAAGGAGGCCACCCACUGCCUGGGCUGCCAGGGCCAUUUCACCUGGUGGCUACGCCGACACCACUGCAGGCUGUGUGGACGCAUCUUCUGCUACUACUGCAGUAACAACUUUGUGAUGACCAAGCACAGUGGGAAGAAGGAGCGUUGCUGUAGGGAGUGUUACACCCAGCACAGCGCUGUGGUGGAGAGGUUCACAGAGGGUGAGCUGAGCCCCUCUGACACCCAGCCGCCUCCCCCUGGAAUUGGGCCUCACUCACUCCCCGAACCAGCCCCCUACAAACCUACUCCCAGGGUUACAGUGUCGGACCCCAGCGCCAAGUCUGAUGACGUGGCCUAUGACAUCAUCACAGAGAAGGAAGCGAACGGGAUCUAUGACAGCGACUCGCUGUCCCAAACCACAGGGGGUUCACUGGAGGGGGAGCAGGACACAAGGCCACUGGGGGCGCUAGUCAUAGGCACAGGAGACACGACCCCAGAUGACCCAGAAGAGAAUGUGCCCACUGUGCAGGACGCAGAGAUCGCCCUUCUCAAGUCUGGAGAAGUCACUCUGGUUGUCCCUCUCAGCAUCGACGACAUCUCUCAGCUUGGCGAUGGCUCCCGGGAGCUCUUUGUCAAGUCCAGUUGCUACAGCGUGAUCACCAUCGUCGUGGUCGAUUGCAGCCCCACCGUGAGCUGGGUGUUCUCCUCGGAGCCCAAGAGCAUCUCGUUCAGCGUGGUGUACCGCGUGACCGCCGAAGUCCCUGUGGAACAAUCCAAGGUGCUGAUUCCUCUAACUCGCUGUAACUCCCACAAAGAGACCAUCCAAGGCCAGCUGAAAGUCAGGAACCCUGGUCUCUACACACUCAUCUUCGACAACUCCUUCUCAAGGUUCGUCUCCAAGAAAGUCCUCUACCACUUGACAAUCGAGAAGCCGAUUAUUUACGAUGGAAGUAAUUUCUAAGACUGAUAAUGGAUACUUACACAGGGUAAAUGUUAUAGGGGUAUGGAGGGAGGGAGAGGAUACAGAGGGAGGACAAUGUGUCAAUUUUAUUUUUACCGUGUUUCAUUUUAAAUUAUUUCAUAUGCUUAUUUGUUUCUGGGUUCCCCACCAAGUAUUUUAUGUUUGGUUUUGUUGUUUUAUUCCAAAUUGAUUUUUUGUAGGAUCCCUAUAUUUUUAACACUAGUGCUUUUAUGUUUUGGAGUGUGUUAGUUAUGUUUUAGUCAGAGCACGAACACCCUACAGACAUGGUCAAAUGGUUUGACCUAAUGGACUCUUCACUGAGAUUAGGUGGUGAAACAAACAUAGGAAAACCAGGAAUUCAAAACAAAACCUAACCACAGCUAAGGGGUUAAAAUGCGUACCUUAUAAGUACAAGCCAUGGUCUUGUUAAACACAGAUGGAGAGGUUAUUGCACACACGACAUAAGAUGACCACACAUUUAUACAAUGCUAUUAGUUAUGAUUUUCUUUAUACCUUGGACUAGCACAGUGUCCACAGGUGAGAUGAUUAUUCUUGAGCAACUGCAUACAUUUUAAUCACACAAUCAGUAGAGAAUAGUGUUCAAUAUAGCAUCUGUUUCAAGCUACAAAACCAACAUGAUGAAUGUUACAAAAACAAGUACAGAUGGCCUACAAGGAGAAGGCAGUUACGUUGGAGCAUCCUCAAAUGCUGUGAGGCUGAGGGAACAUAAUUAAGUGCAGUUCAACAGUCAGUAAUACAGGUGGAUUGAAAGCUUUGCUACCAAUUUCUUGUGCCAGGUGGGACUUUUGAAGCCUACUGUUUGAGUGAAUUGAACACUAUAAAGGACCUCUCUCUUCGACCGUC